GUUUCAGCCAUUUUCUUUUCUCUAUCUCUCUCUUUGACCCACCAACUUAACUUUUCGAUCACUUUCUAUCCCUUUCACAGCGAACACUCGAAUCGCGAAAGUCUUCACGAAAAGUUCCAUAAAUUUUUUCUAAACCAAAUAUAAGAUGCCGAAAAAUAAGGGAAAAGGAGGUAAAAAUCGUCGUCGUGGAAAGAAUGAAAAUGAAUUCGAAAAACGUGAAUUGAUUUUCAAGGAAGACCAGCAGGAAUAUGCUCAAGUCACCAAAAUGCUUGGAAAUGGUCGACUCGAAGCGAUGUGUUUUGAUGGCGUCAAACGUCUAUGUCACAUUCGAGGAAAACUCCGAAAAAAGGUAUGGAUUAAUCAAGGUGAUAUAAUUCUUGUUGGUCUCCGUGACUAUCAAGACUCAAAGGCCGAUGUCAUAUUGAAGUACACACCAGAUGAAGCCAGAAAUUUGAAAACAUACGGUGAAUUCCCAGAAUCCGUGCGUAUCAAUGACACAGUCACAUUCGUCGAAGACGGUCUCGAUGAAGAUAUUGAGUUUGGUGAUGAAAUAAGUUCAGAAGAUGAUGCUGAUUCAGUUGAUAACAUCUAGAGAACAAAAUUUAACUUUAAGUCAACAAAAUUAUGAAAAAAAUCUUACAAAAAAAAAUCUUUUCUUUUCUUAUAUCUAUUAUAUAUUUUAAACAUACAAAAAAAAUAGAAACUUUAUUUAAUUAAAUAUUCCCAUGUUCAUUUUGGACCCGAUUGUGUAGAGAAUAACACUAAGCCACAAAUCUAUAAAAAAAAUCAAAAAAAAAAUUAUAAAAUGUUUUAUUUUUAUUUUUCUCGGAAAUAUGCGCUGUGAAUUGCUUUGAAAAAAACUACAUUAACUUGUUUAUUUUAUUAUUUUUGUUUUGCUAUUGUUUUCUUUAAAUUUUUGUUAUACAUUCUUUGUCUAAGAAUUUAACGAUAGUAAAUUCAAAUUAAAUAAUUUAUUCAAACUCAAUUUAAAAAAAAAGGAAAAAUAAAACAAAAAAAAAUUGUAAAAUCCGAGAAAACCAAA